GUAUUUUGAGAGAGAGAGAAGGUUGAUAGAUUUCUGAUCCCAUAAUCCAUUUGCUGUGCAAACCCCAAACCCUCGCUCUCUGAAAUCGCUAACCCUAAUUAUUGUGAAAACGUAAACCAAAGUCAUUUCCGAACUUCCUUUAUGUGCAUCAUGAUUCCUUUCGCUUCCACUGUGAUAAGCCUGAUUAGCUUCUUGAUCAAUGACUUGAAUGAAUCGAACUAUGAGUCGGUUCUGAACGAGCUUAUCCAGUUGGUUGAUUAUGGAUUAGACAGCAGCAUACUGUUGCUUCAGAUCUGCUUCAAUCAAGUAACAUUUAAUGAAGGAGACAAUCGGACCAUGCAGUUGAAAUUGAAUCUUUUUUCAGCAGUGUUUACAUAUCUGUUGGGAAAACCAAAUUUUAGCACAAUUUUCUGUGAAUCUGUGAGAAAUAUAAACAUGAACGAAACUUUUCUUGGAGAUCUCUCCAGGGCAUUGCAUUUAUCCAUUUCUGAGAAAAUUGGUAUUGGUCUUGCCUUGUCAGAUUCAGAUGAUCCAGAUAUCAGAAUGAGAGGUCAAAACUUCUGCAUCUCUGAGAUCAAAGAAUUAUCCUUAAAUACCAUUGCUGGUGUUUCUUACAAUCAAAUUCAGGAUAUAAUUGUAUUUCUAUAUCAGAGCGAGGAUCUUUCCAAAUAUGUGGAUGGUUUCAUACAGAUGUUGCAUUUAUUACAGCUUAAAGAGAAGGCCCCCUCUGUGCUGACUCCGAUGCUUAUGGACAACUUUAGGGAAAUUGACCCAUUGAGGGACCUUGAUUCUUUCUAUGAGUCCACAGACAAUGACUUUGAUGCUGUAUUAGCGGAGAUACAGGAGGAGUUGAGCAUGGCAGAUGUUAUGAAGGAACUUGGCUAUGGAUGCACAAUCAAUGGUUCUCAUUGCAAAGACAUCUUGGCCCUUUUUUCUCCUCUGAAUGAAGUUCGCAUUGCAAGGAUAAUCAGCACGAUUGCACGCACACGCACUGGCCUUGAGGAUAAUCAAGGUGCAUAUUCAACAUUUUGCUCUGCUAUUGGUAACAACUCAACGACUGAUUCUUCAUGGCUGAGCUCUUGGAAUGUUGAUGUUCUCUUAGAUGCAAUAAAGCAACUUGCUCCGGAGAUUAAUUGGAGUUCUGUUAUGGAGAACCUGGAUCAUGAGGGGUUUUAUUUGCCUGAUCAGGAGGCAUUCUCUUUUCUUAUGUCUAUAUAUUCAAGUGCAUGCCAGGAUCCGUUUCCUCUUCAUGCUAUUUGUGGGUCUGUCUGGAAGAAUGCUGAGGGGCAGUUGUCUUUUCUGAGAUAUGCUGUAUCUGUACCUUCUGAGAUAUUUACCUUUGCGCAUUCUAAGAGACUCUUGGCAUAUAAAGAAGCAUCGAAUAAGAUUCCAAAUGUGGGUGCAAAUCAGGCAUGGAUAUGUCUUGAUCUUUUAGAGGUGCUGUGUGAACUUGCUGAGAGGGGUCAUGCUAGCACUGUCCGAGCAUUGCUAGAGUACCCUACUAAACACUUCCCUGAGAUCUUGCUUGCUGGACUUGCUCAAAUAAAUACUACAUAUAAUCUCCUCCAGUAUGAACUGUUUUCCUGUGUAUUCCCUACCAUGAUUGGGAGUGACCAGAAUUCUGUUAGUAUCCAUUAUCUAUGGCAUCUUAAUCCUAGUCUCACACUCCGGGGGUUCAUGGAUGUUCAUCGUAGAGAUCCCAACAUGAUCCCAAGAAUUUUGGGCAUUUGUCAAGAGAUGAAGAUCCUUCAGACAGUAUUGGACAGGACCCUUUUCCCUUUUAGUAUUGAAUUGGCUGUUUCUGCUGCCAGGAAGGAAUAUAUGAGUUUGGAGAAAUGGUUAAAUGAAAAUCUAAGUGCUUUUAAAGACACAUUCUUUGAGGCCUGCCUCAAAUUCCUGAAAGAGAGAAUACCCUAUGAUGCAGCUAGUGAUGUGCCUGCUAAUCCAUUUCAACAUUCUGAGGCUACCUCUACUGUUUCCCCGGAGAUUAGUGCCAUCUUUUUUAAGGUUCUUCAAACUUAUGCUGGGCAGCUUAGCUCUCGCCAGCUUGCUGAUGAACUGAAAAGAUUGCUUGCAACUACUACUCGUGUCAAUCCACGGUUGCAAAGUGGUGGAGUUGCAGAUUCAUCCUCUUCUGAGGGAUUCCCGGAUGAUGUUGAAAAAGAAGCGAACUCAUACUUUCAUCAGCUUUAUACUGGGCAGUUAUCAUUGGAUUCUAUGGUUCAAAUGCUUGCCCAAUUUAAGGAAUCUUCAGUAAAAAGGGAGCAAGUGAUCUUUGACUGCAUGAUACAGAAUCUUUUUGAUGAAUACAGGUUCUUCCCAAGGUAUCCUGAAAGGGAAUUGAAGAUUACUGCAGUUCUUUUUGGCUCCCUUAUAAAGCAUCAACUUGUGUCCCAUCUCACCCUUGGCAUGGCCUUACGCUGUGUGCUUGAUGCAUUGCGUAAAUCUCUCGAUUCAAAAAUGUUUUCUUUUGGUUUAAAGGCUUUGGAGCAGUUCACGGACCGUCUUGUUGAGUGGCCACAGUAUUGCAAUCAUAUCCUACAAAUAUCUCAUUUGCGUGACAGUCAUGCUGAUUUAGUGGAAUUUAUAGAAAGGGCUCUGGCACGCAUUUCGUCUAGUCAAUCAGAUCUAGGUGGGGGCAACAGUGCUCCUACUGAUCAUCAAAGCCCUGUGCCCCAGGUUACCCAGGAAAAUAAUGAGGCAUCUGAAGCGUCAUGGCAUUUAGGUUCUGGGCCACAAAUUUCUUCUCCGCUCCAGCUCCAACAGAGACACCAGGGUUUCCUUGAUGAUAGGCAUAAAUCACCAAUUUCUUCAGUUAACUAUCCAAAGCCACUUCUACCUUCUUCUGGACAGCCAGCAGCAAUUUCGAGUCACAUUGAUAUAGCUAUCAGUCAAAGGAAACCAACUGGCGUUCAGGCCUCUCCAACAGUGCCUCCUCAGCAGCCUGCCUCUGGGCCUACUCCACUGUUGUCUUCUCCAGGAUUUCCGCGCCCUUCUCGAGUGACAUCUGCAGCAGGUUUUGGGGCUGCUCUGAACAUCGAAACACUAGUUGCGGCUGCUGAAAGACGGGAGGUUCCAAUAGAGGCUCCUGCUUCAGAAGUUCAAGACAAGAUAUUAUUUAUGAUAAAUAAUAUUUCUGCUGCUAACAUGGAGGCUAAAUCAAAUGAAUUUACGGACGUCUUAGAUGAGAAGUACUAUCCAUGGUUUGCACAGUAUAUGGUGAUGAAAAGGGCAAGUAUUGAGCCAAAUUUCCAUGAUUUGUACUUGAAGUUCUUAGACAAGGUUAAUUCAAAAGCAUUGAAUAAGGAGAUCGUGAAAGCUACUUAUGAGAAUUGCAAGGUUUUGUUGAGGUCUGAGCUUAUAAAAUCAAGUUCGGAGGAGAGGUCUCUACUAAAAAAUCUAGGUAGCUGGCUGGGAAAGUUCACCAUUGGGAGAAAUCAAGCAUUGCGGGCCAAGGAAAUUGAUCCAAAAGUCCUAAUUAUUGAGGCAUAUGAAAAGGGAUUGAUGAUUGCAGUGAUUCCAUUCACAUCAAAGAUACUGGAGCCCUGCCAAUCUAGUUUAGCUUACCAGCCUCCCAAUCCAUGGACAAUGGGCAUCCUUAGUCUACUUUCCGAAAUCUAUGCAUUGCCAAACCUGAAGAUGAACCUUAAGUUUGAUAUUGAAGUGCUAUUCAAAAACUUAGGUGUGGACAUGAAAGAUGUGAAGCCAACUUCACUUCUCAAAGAUCGAGUUCGAGAGAUAGAAGGGAAUCCUGAUUUCUCGAACAAGGACCUUGGUGUGUCCCAACAACCACAAGUAGUUUCAGAUCUCAAUACUGGAAUCAUUGCCUCUUUAAGUUCAGUGGACCUGCAGUCUGAGGCAGUGACUUCAUCUCAUCCUGGUAGCCAUUCUAGUGUAGUAACUCAGUAUACGGCUCCUCUUCAUCUUGCCCCAAGUGGAUUAGGAGAAGAUGACAAACUGAGCACUUUAGGAUUGCCUGAGCGAAUACCUUCUUGUCAGGCCUUAACGCAUGUUUCUCCAGCACAAACACCAUUUCCUGUUAGUCAGCUUUCUAUGCCAACACAAAAUAUUGGAACCUACAUCGUUGUCAAUCCAAAGCUUAAUGCCCUGGGUCUGCAGUUGCAGUUUCAGAGAAUUGUACCAGUGGCCUUGGAGCAGGCUGUCCGGGAUAUAACGUCGCCUGUUGUUGAGCGUAGUGUAACCAUUGCAUGCAUGACAACUAGAGAACUUGUGUUGAAGGAUUAUGCUUUGGAAGCGGAUGAGAGCCGUAUACACAAUUCUGCGAACAUGAUGGCAGGAUGCCUAGCAGGGAGCUUAGCGCAUGUGACUUGCAAGGAACCACUUCGUAUUGCUAUGUCAAACAAGCUGCGUGUGUUGCUGCAGCCUUAUGUUACUACUGAACUCCUUGAACAAGCUGUACAGCUUGUCACUAACGAUAACCUUGACCUGGGUUGUGUGAUAAUCGAACAAACUGCCGUAGAGAAGGCGCUUCGAGAACUUGAUGAUAUUUUUGUUCAUGCACUUAAUCUACGGAGGAAGCUCGGUUAUGAAGCGAAUAAUUACUCUCAAGGAGCCUUAGCUCGCUUACCGGAGGCACUUCGCCCUAAAUCGGGUCGCCUCUCUGCUGCGCAACAGAGAGUUUAUGAGGAUUUUACCAGGCUUCCAAUGCAAUCGCAUGCAAGUCAGAGUACACAUGCUACACCUGCUGGCCCCCCGCCUGCUUCGUCUGGUGGUUCUGCUGGUAUUGUUGUAUCCCGGGUCUAUACAGGACCACUCAACUCAAACAUUUAUUCUCCAGCUCAAGUGCCAGCGGGUUUCACUACUAUUGGACAGCCGAUGGAUCAUAUUUCUGAAGAGAUGGAAGUGGGAUCUGCUCAAUCACCUAGCCUUCCCUCACCUCAUGUUGUUCAAAUGGAUGGUGUUGUUCACCAAGGUGGAGAAAUCAGUGGCAUUGCACCUUCCUUAUCAAUGACUCCUCUAGCCAAUGACGUGCAUCCAAUAGAAUCCUCCACUGUUGUCAAAGAAUCUGGAGCUGUGGUGCCGCCUUCACCUUUGCCCUUGUCCUUGUCCACCGAACGGAUUGGGGCUAGCAUAUCAGAACCUUUAAGGAGUAUGGGAGAUGCACUGGAAAAAUAUCACAUAGUUUCCAAGAAGCUGGAAACAUUGGUCUCAAAGGACUCUGGAGAUGUUGAAAUUCAGGGUGCCAUAAACGAGGUGCCAGAAAUCAUUCUUAGAUGUAUAAGCAGAGAUGAGUGUGCACUGGCUAUUGCACAGAAGGUAUUUAGGGGUUUAUAUGAGAACACAUCGAAUUCUUUACAUGUUCAAUCACAUCUCGCCAUCCUGGUUGCCAUUCGUGAUGUUUGCAAGCUUGUUGUUAAGGAAUUGACAAGCUGGGUGAUUUACUCUGAUGAUGAACGGAAGUUCAACAAAGAUAUAACCGUUGGCCUCAUGCGAUCGGAGCUUAUAAGCCUUGCAGAGUACGAUAUGCAUUUGGCAAAACUUAUUGACUCGGGAAGAAACAAAGGUGCCACUGAUUUUGCAGUUGAUCUUGUUAAAACCUUGGUUGUUCCGGAAUCUGGAGUUGGUGUAUCAGAGCUCCACAAUCUCUUUGAUGCCUUGGUAAAGCUCUCUAUGAGGCCUGGAUCUCCAGAGUCACUACAACAACUAGUUGAGACUGCUAGGAAUCCACCCUCAAAUGUGGUAGCACAGCCUGCAUUUGCAAGUGGCAAGGAUGAUAAGGCCAGGCAGUCAAGGGACAAAAAGGUUACCUCUGGUCGUGUUGUGGCAAGUCGGGAAGACAGCAAUGCAGGUUCCGCUGACACUGGAGCCUCUGAUCCUCCUGGUUUUCGUGAGCAGGUAGGUGCACUACUUGCUGAAUGGGCUCGGAACUGUGAAGCUCCUGGGAUGAAUGAUGCAACUUAUGCCACUUAUAUCUCACAGUUGCAGCAAAGUGGAAUGCUAAAAGGAGACGAUGUCACGGAUCGUUUCUUCCGUGUUCUCACAGAGUUGGCGGUGGCACAUUGCUUGGCCUCUGAAUCACAUCAAGCUAGUCAAUCUGUUCUAUCAUUUGCUGCAAUUGAUAUGUAUGCGAAGCUUGUGGUUUUACUUGUAAAGUAUGCUGCAGUGGAUCAGGGGCUGAAUAAAUUCAUUAUUUUCCCCAAGGUUUUGGCUGUGACUGUGAGAGUCAUUCAGAAGGAUGCCGAUGAGAAGAAAGCAAGUUUUCAUCCCAGGCCAUAUUUUCGGUUGUUCAUCAAAUGGAUUAUGGAAUUCAAUACUCCUGAUUCUGUUCUUGAUACUAUGAAUUUCCAGGUUUUGACUGCACUUGCAAAUGCUUUCCAUGUGCUACAGCCUAUGAAAGUGCCAGGUUUUAGCUAUGCGUGGCUUGAGUUGAUAAGUCACCGAUUUUACAUGCCAAAAUUGCUCAUGAGCAAUUCUCAGAAAGGCUGGCCCUUGGUUCAACGCUUACUCGUCGAUCUGUUUAAGUUCCUGGAACCAUCCUUGCGAAAUGCAGAACUAGGAGAAGCGAUGCGGGUGCUGUACAAAGGUACUCUCAGGGUGCUACUGGUUCUGCUGCAUGAUUUUCCUGAGUUCCUAUGCAAUUACCAUUUCAGCUUCUGUGAUGUGAUCCCCUACACUUGCAUACAAAUGAGGAAUGUUAUUCUUAGUGCAUUCCCUCGCCACAUGAGGCUACCCGACCCAUGCCUCCCAAACUUAAAGGUUGAUUUGCUCCCUGAAAUUUGCAACUUGCCGGUCAUUUUAUCGGAGGUUGAUGCUGCUCUAAAGGUCAAGCAGAUGAAGGCUGAAUUGGAUGAAUAUCUCAAGUCGAGACAACCAGGGUCUCCUUUCCUAACCGAGCUCAAGCAAAGAUUACUGGUUACAACGAGUGAAGCUGCAAUAACUGGAUGUCGAUAUAAUAUUCCCUUGAUUAACUCUCUGGUGCUUUAUGUUGGAAUGCAGGAAAUUCAACAACUGCAAAGCAAGUCUACUGUGUGCACGCCAAAUUACAAUAGUGCAUACAUGGAUAUCUUUGAGAAACUAACCGUGGACCUUGAUACUGAGGGGCGAUACCUUUUCCUUAAUGCAGUUGCCAACCAGUUGAGAUACCCCAACAACCACACUCAUUACUUCUCAUGCGUCAUUCUCUACUUGUUUGCUGAAGCUAGCCAGGAAAUUAUUCAAGAGCAGAUAACUCGAGUUCUAAUGGAACGCCUGAUUGUCAGCCGGCCUCAUCCAUGGGGUUUGCUCAUUACUUUCAUUGAGCUAUUGAAGAAUCCUCGCUACAAUUUUUGGAGCCAUCCUUUCAUAAAGAUUGCACCAGAAAUAGAGAGGGUGUUUGAUUCAGUGGCUAGAUCGUGCUUUGUACCUCAGAACAAGGCCAUGGAUGAUGGGAUCAUGCCUGGCGCAUUACCUGAGGCCAACCGCUAACUCAACACACAUUAUGUUGUCCAUGUUGUAUAUUAUGUAUCUCAUUCUUCAUGCCUGGGCACCAUUCUUGUUUAUCCCUUGGUUAUAGACAUUGCUGAUGCUAUUAUUGUUCAUAUUCUUGAAAAGAAAUGUGUAUUGAAAUGCUUUUUUGUCAAUAUAAUUCUAAUGUGUAUUGAAAUGCU